AUGACCGAGGCUGAAAAUAUAUCUCAUUUAGACAAUGUCAUCAAUAUCAUUGACUCUGUUCAGAGACAAAACCAUAUCCUCAAAUGCUUACUUCAGAAAACAGAGCAACUUGAGCAGAAGGACCAGGGGGUCAUCAAACAGAGUAUUGAUACUGUGUUAUUCUUGAGUGAACAGAUCAGCAUUGAUAUCCUAGAAAAACUCAGAAGUACAACAGAGAUACUUCAAACGACAACUGAAAUCGUGGCUGGCCUCUGUCAACAGAAGCGAACAAACAUUGACCAGAUAGUGAAUCCAGCUAAUCUGAAUUACCUGGAGUGGACGAGCAACUUUCUAAACCAUUUGAUCGCAAGUUUAAAAAGUGCAGAAACUAAUUUGUACGAUGUCAAAUGGCCUUCAGACCACAAGGAGAUGCAAAGCUCCUGCACUGGAGAGGAAAAGGUGGAAUUGGGAUCUGAUAUGCAGCAUCUGCAAACCGGGAGUCCCUCCUAUCACCAGAAAAAUGGGAAUUCAGAGGAAGGGGAGACCAAGAAAAAAGGAGCCUUUGAAACAUCUCUCAGUAAUUCCCAAAAUAAUCAGCACAUGUCUGAGAAAACAAAUACCAUUCUGAUAACAGAAAAGGGACACAGUGUGCAAGAAUCCAGCUGUAGCUUUUUUCAACCAAGUGCAUGUGAAGGAGUUGAGAGAGAAGAUACUGCAGGGGAUAAAGAACACUUUCAGGCGUCCAGUGCAGUCUUUUCUAAGGAAGAAAAUUAUAAUAGACAACUUACAAUUCAAAAAGCAGGCAACAGGGAAGAGCACGUGAAAAGCCCUUUCAGAAUAACAGAAGAUAUGGAUAGUAAAACGGAAGUCGAAGACAGCGGAAAAACACUAAAAUCUAUCCCAUUUAGCAAUCAAGGUGGAAGCAAAGAUAUUCAUCUAAGUAUGGUGUCAAAAACAAGUGUGACCGACAGGUUAAAAAUAAACAAAUUCCAUGACCAAAAUGAGAUUACUGACUCUGCAGCUCAGCCUGUGAAAUCUAGGGACCCGCAAAGCUGGUCCCAAACAGGGCUGCUUGCAGAAUUGAAUGCUGAAAGUGACCCGCAGAUCCCCUGUUAUGUAACAGCCCCUUUCAUGAUAAUCCAGAAACUGAUAUGUAGAAUAAUCAAUGAUAGGAGCUCACUGGUCAUAUAUGAUGGUGAAGAGCUGGUCAGCAAUGUGAUCAGCAUUCAGUGCUCAGACUCCAGGAUAAAGAUUCCCUUUCCAAUCAGGAUUGCCAUCCCAUUCACUGCAAGUUACAGAGGACAUUAUCGUGAGAUUAUGGUGAAGGUGUCAGAUGGCAGUCUUUGCUCAAGCUACAUGAGUCCCAUAUCUUUGGAAGGAAUUUAUGAUGGGCAUAAGGGAACGUAUGCAGAGAUUAAGGUUUAUAAACUCGGUAUCUUUUCAGUUGUGUCCUGCUUAAAAAAAGAGAGAUUUACGGUACCUAAAAAAGGAUUGGCUUUGAAGCUGAGCAUGGAUGGAAGAAUUGCACUGAACUAUCUUCCAGGAACAUUUAGUGCUCCAGUCAUAGUGCAAUCAAAGGUUCAGCCAAUUGAUACAACGCUGCUGUCUACUUUGAAAGCAAGACAAGAUGUGUACCAUUCCAUAGUCUCAACCAGCCCAAUUGUUCAUAUUACUCAUCCUUCAACCCAGCAGUUUCGAAAAUCAAUUGCUAUCAUUGUGCCUUGCCCACCAAAUCCAGAUAAAAAGAGAUUAGGAGAUGAAACAGACCACGGUCGAGCAGCCACUGCCAUGGUCCACAGGAGCAGCAGCCAUCGCAUUCGGUCAAUGAGUGCCCCUGUGAAAAAACACGGUGAGCCGGCCAAUGAAUCCUUGAAGCUAUUGGGAUUUAAAUGCAGAGAUGAGCAGUGGUUUCUGAUGGACGCGAUAACUGUAAAGAAUGGGCAGAAUGGACUUGUUGAAUUUGAAAUCGCUGAACAUGUAGAGAGAUUUAUAGUUCUUCGUUUGUCAUCCUCGGUGGACAGCAGCUACUUGGUUUCUUUCAUCCAAGAACUGGAAGAAGCAAUCCAGUUCACCAUGGUUAAUAUUGUUAUGUAUCACAGAAGAGACAAUUUCCACAAGGCUGUAGUUCAACUGGUUCCGUCCAAAGAUUCACCUUGGGAAUUGGCUAAACUACGAGAAAAGGGAUACAGGGGCCCUCCAGAGCCAUCUGAAGAGUUUCCGAUGAGAGAGGGAGAGCAGUUAAUACUGAAGUUUAGUGGCAACAUUAAAUCACUAGGAAAUGAGGGAGAUGUAACUCAAGGAUAUCAAUUAAUAUUCCACUCUCAAAGGAAGACUAGACUUGAGCUUGAACUCAAUGAAGUAGAUGAAUUUGGCAACUACUGCUCGCCCCACUACAAAGGAAUGGCAAUAUUUUAUAAAGUAACCAAAGAAGAGCUCAACAAACAAUGGGAUGGAGCUGACAAUGCAGAGGAGAGCCAGCAACGUAGCCCGGUGUGCAAACUGGCACUGACACUUCCCAAGAGAGAAAGGACUGUUAAUCGUUCAGUUAAUGUAAUCCAAAUUCCAACAGAACCUUCUAAGGACGCAGUGUCAGAUAACGUAUUGUACUGGGUGGCCUCAGAACUUUCUGAGGAGGAUGCACUCCUGCUUUUUACAUCUCUUCGAAUUCGACGCAGUGCGAUUCAGCUCGUCAAGCUGACAAACCCAGAUGAUUUGACACAUCAAAUCUUCAAGCUACUGAGCAUGUGGAAAAAGAGCCUUCCAACAUCAGCGGAUAAACAACGGCUCCUUUCGAGACAUUUGAAUAAAUGCAGCAGACAAGACCUAGUGGAAGAUUUACAGUCGAAAUGGAAGAUUGGGGAAGAGAAAUAG